AUGUACGCGAUGCGAGGGCCCUACGGCCGUCCGGUGAAGCAUAAACGCGGCACCGUUUCGCCCGCAGUGCUCUCGAUCGGCCUGCGGACGACAGAGGGGCCUGAGAUCACGGUGGGCGUGCACGGAGGCGAGGCGGCAGCGCUGGUCCCGGCGGGCAUCAAGGAGUACGUGCGCCUGCUGGGCGGCUGCAAGCUCAGAUGCUGGAUCAUGCUCAUGUGGCUCAUCCUCACCCUCUCCGGCCUCUCCGUCUACUUCCCCCUGACGCUCGUGCUCGACAUUGCAAUUGAGCCUCCGUUCGGCUCCGCGUCCGAGCGGGCCAAGGAUUUGUACGAGGAGCACUAUCCGGCGGGGGAGCCGGUCUUUCUUGCCGCCAUGCUCUCCACCACCGCGCCGCACAAGCUCUUCAACACCGACGCACGCCCCUAUCCGGUGGGGUAUCCGCCUUUCCUCGACUACAACCCUGGAGAGGGGGCAGACCUGAUCAAGGAGGCGGAGGGCAUUUUCGACGACGUCAUUGACGUGCUCAAGCCCUACCUGGAGGAGAACGGCGGCCGCUGCCAGUGGAAUAUCUACAACUUCUUCAGCUGGGAAGUUCUGGUGGAGGGCUUUGCUGUCAUGAUGGCGCCAAUCAUCUUCCCGCCCGCCCACGAAGGGCGAGAGGGCAUGCUCCCGGUGCACUUGGUCUCGUGCGACGGCCGCCCCAUCUACAAGGAGUGCGUCUUCAAGCGCGAGCCGUUCUGCGAGCCGAUCGAGCAGGUCCUCAAGGACUUGGAGCACUACCGCGCCGACCGCAGCCCCAGCAACAUCAGCAUGACCUUCGACAUCAUCCUCGGGAUCGAAUUCGCGAUGCUGCUCUCGACGGCGGCAACGGUGCCGUCGCUGGUCGUGCUCGCCUACAUGCUCCGGAAUAUGCGGCAGCUGCUGCUCGUCGGAGCAAACAUCCUGACCGCCAUCGGCUCGUCCCUGCUCAUCAUCUAUCCCCUGUCGCACUUCGUCAUGGACGUCUGCGUCGUCGCGCCGACGAUUGCGAUUGCCGUCGCGCUGGCCAUGUCGAUCGACUAUAGCUUGUUCCUGCUCACCCGCUUCAACGAGGAGCAGAGGAGCGGGUCCCCGGUCCCAGAGGCGCUCAGCAUUGCGAUCGCGACGCAGGGCCACACCAUCGUUGUCUCGGGCGCGACGCUCACGCUCUGCUUCACCUCGAUGCUCAUGCUGCCCUCCUCGACCAUCACCUCGAUCGCCGCCGGCGCCGCGAUCGCUGCGGGCGUGUCCGUCGUCGACUCGCUGUCGCUCACGCCGUCAUUGCUCCUGUCAAUGCCGCGCUUCUUCACCGCGGACCGGCGGUUUGGCCUCACCCUCGACGACACUCCGCUCGACUGCAGGCGCCGUCCGGUGGACGGCGACGACGCCGCGCCCGACGUCAGCGCUGCAGAGCACGGGGGGAAGCUGGGCGUUUGGGGGCGGCUCGGCCAGUACUCGCAACGGAGCGCGUUGGUGACCGCGCUUCUCCUCGCCGCCGUGGCCCUCCCCUUUGGCCUCGCGCUCUCGCGGUACACCUACGUGGUGGACAUCAAGCCGCUGCUGCAGUCGGACCACCCCGCGACCGACGCCUACAUCAUGUUCACCGAGAUCUACCCGCAGUCGAUGUCCACGCCCGUCGAGCUGCUCUUCUUGCCCCCCAACGCGGGCGACAUGGACUCGUCGGAGUGGAAGCUGGCGUCGUGCCACAUGCUCAAGGACCUGGCGGACAGGGUGACGGAGGUCAUGAGGGCGGAGGGCCAUGACUACGCGAUGUCGGCCAGCGACUUUGUGGGCAUGAUGAUGAUCCUGGGCCACUGCGUGGAGGAGGGCGUGUACAUCAACGGCAUUCCUUUGCUCAACAUGAUGCCAAUCCUCGAGCAGAUCGGAGUGUACGACACGGGCUACAGCAUCGCCACCAACGCGGAUAAGACUGCCACUUAUGUCUACGUCAUCUGCCAGGUGGACGUGUUUUCGGAAGUGGGCGAGGCGUGGAUGCGCGCUCUCCGCGCGGCGUUGCCAGACUCAAACCCCGCCACCUGGGAUGGCGUCGAUCUGGGCGAGCUGCACCUCUACGGCGUGCCUCUCGACCAAAUGGACGGCGCCGAGUUCACGACGCAGCGCAUGGUGUGGGUGGUCCUCGCAAUCACACUCAUCAUGUGGAUGAUCCUCGGCGGGUCGUUCGGGUCGCUCCUCAUCCCGAUGCGCGCGGUGAUCUGCAUCGGCUGGAUGAUUGCCGUCACGUUCGGCGCCGCGGUGGCAGUCUACCAGCUGGGCUUCCUCAGCUUCCUCGGCAUCUCGUCGCUGAAGCCGUCGGCCGGCUCGGCGAUGUUUUGGGUCGCGCUGCCCAUCACGGGGCCCAUUCUCGUGGGGCUCGGCCUCGACUACGACAUCUUCCUUAUGGACUCCGUGAUGGAGAAUUGGCUGUGUGGCAAGCGGCCCAAGGAGGCGGUGGCGGGCACAAUCAUCUCGGCGGCUGGCAUCGUCAUGUUCUUCGCCUUUGGCGCGCUCCUCGUCUCUCCGACGCCGGUUCUCAACCAGGUGGGUUUCAUGCUGUGCGUUGGCGUGCUGAUUGACUGCUUCGUCACCACCAAAAUAACUAUCCCCACCUUGAUGGCGCUUGCAAACGCUUCGAAAAUCGCUGUCGUGGACCGCACCUCGGUCGGUGAGGUCGGUGAGGUCGGAUCCAAACUCGCCGUCGAAUGGGGGGAGCGGGACGAGCAAGAGGGAGCGUGA